AUUCAAUAAAUUAUUGAAUAAUUUUGAAUCCAAGCUACUAAAUUAUCUAGUUCAGUUGGUAUAUUUAUCAAGUACCGGAAUUCCACCAUACUGAGUGAAGACCUAGAAAGUUGGAGCCUUUAUGCCCUGUUUAAGUGUAUUUGGCCACCAUGCCCUGAUGCCCAUGGCCUUGGCCCACCAAUAUAAGAUAAUUUGACGACAGACAUUUCAAAUAACUUUUUGAACAUAAAUGAAUAGCUAUGUACCGCUAUCAUACUCAGUGUUAAAAAAAUAAUAGCUUGACACAAAAACAUGAAUAUGAAAUUAAAAAUGAGCGAAAAUUUACCAUAAAGAGGCUUGUACGCGAUGUAACGUCUAAAACAAAAAUACCUAAAUUAUCUCGAGAACCAUCAGCUUGGGCCCCUGUUCGGCACUCCUUCACAAACCUUUGCCGCGAUAAGACCGUAAAUAUCUUUCUCUGACGUGUUCGUAUUAAUGACCAGUUAAAGUUAUUUUGUUUAUUCUGUGUCACUUUGCUGCAAUUAGAAGAACUCCGAUCGGACGAAACUUGAAGAUACAACCCUGAACCUUCGCUUACCUGCAAGGGACCAAGGAAUUCACUGGUGUCUAUCGGCACGUUGCUGAGCUGCCGUUUAGUUCAUUUCGUGGAAAGUACAGAACUGACCAGAUUUGGAUACUACCCUGAACCUUCGUUUACCUGCGUAAGGGACCAAGGAAUUCACUGGUGUCUACCGGCACGUUGCUGAGCUGCCGUUUAGUUCGUUUCGUCAUCUUAGGUUCGCGGCAGUGACGUUGAAAAUGGAUUAUCCUUUUGAAUACCCAAGAGACCGGAAGUCCGCUGAUGCAGCCUUGAUCAAGUUUCCCGACUUUGCCACCAAUCUCUCGUUUUCAUCGGUUUUCGAGGAGGCAUUAUGGAUUAUUUACGGCCGAAAUUACGCCAUCACUACUGAUCUCACCAAGCGGAUGAACUUCUUCUGUAAAAUUUGCCGCAAAACAAUGAACUGCAUUACUGCACUAACUGCUCAUCAUCAUUCCGGUGCUCAUGCGAAGAAUGCGGAUAAGAGCGACGACGACUUCUCAGGAGGACCGAAGAGAGUUUUGGCUUCGAAGUAUCUCCCCAACUCACUUCAGUAUGAAAUUCUUCAUUCUCACGCCAAGAUACUAGGAGCUCAUUUGAUUGAGGGCUACUCCAGGAGUCAUCACGAUAGCCCUAGGUACUUCAAGUGUCUCCUUUGUGGUGCGCAUGGCAAUAUUGAGGCGAUUAUUCAGCACGUCAAAAACGACAAGCAUACUGAUAGAUAUAUUAGAUACAACUACUAUUCUGACGUCAGAGUUUUCUCUCCGGAAGUCCGGACUACUCUGAGGCUUGAGGCUUUCAAGCGAGACGGCGUGAGGGUUGAAGACAUAAUUACUAUAACAGAUAAAUCGCUCUACCCGACACGAUGGGAGGACGAGGUGCUGUCCCUAACAAAACUGCGUAACAAGCGAAUCAGAGCUGGGUUUUAUAAUGGACGCAGUUCGCGGUCGCCUCCUCGAAGCCAUCGCGGAAGUAGGGAGAGAUCCCUGACAAAGUCAAUCAAGAAGGAAGCUGUACGUGAAGACAGGUCUCCGUUGAGGUCGACUGUGAAGCGUGAGGCGGAUGAGGAUGAAGUUAAUAGAAAAGUCGCUGCUUUCCUUAGGAGCCUCAAAAGCUCGACGGACGCCGUGAACCCGGAACGCCGACCCUCCGACAGCCGUUCAGUUUCGCGCCUUUCGACGAGAGACAUGUCCGUGCAGGUGAUCGGGCAAGAUCGGAUAGAAAAGAUGCUUACCAAGCUCAACUUUAUAGUGCAAACUUCCACGCUUCCGGGUAGCGUAGUGGAGACGCCCGAGGAUGUGAAGGAGUGCCUGCGCUAUAUGUUCAGCGUGGGUUCCCUGCUCUACCAAGCCCUGAGUGCGCGAGUCGAGAAGUCAUCCGAGCCUGCGCAGCGUGAACGCAACUUACGGUUGAAAGAGAACAUCUCCAAGGCACAAGGCUGUGUCAAAAACACCUACGAAGAAGACUGGCGGAAACGCAACGCUGGUCCUUGCCUUGGUGAUCUCAUUGAAGUUUGGGUGAGAACUUGUUUGGGCAAUAACAGCAGGCCUGUGAAGACUGAGCACAAGGAACGAGCUGCCAAGUGAAACUUCACGUAAUCCUAGUAUGCUUAUUUUUCUACGUGGUCCUAGGGAAUCAUUGCUUUAUGCCAGUUGAUUUAAAAACAUUUUUUUUAAUAAUCCCCUUCAGGGCAUAAAAUGUACGGAACAUCCUUACUUAUGCGCAAAGGUCUUCGGAAGAAAGAAAAUCAACUGUUUUGGGCGACGAACUCUAGUGAAAAAAAUCAGAUUACCAAUGAAUCUCUAGCAGGUAUAAAUUUUAUUUACUGAUGCACGGAAUUAUAUGGCAGAAAAGAAAUGAACUCCAUAUCUCAUUGCAUCUCUGGCGCCUAGCGUUGCGGAUUUUCUCACGCCCGUUGCCAUUCUUCUCACGCCACGUUGAUAUUCUUCUCAUGUUACGUUGAUAUUCUUCUCACGCUACGUUGCCAUUCUUCUCACGCGACCAUGGAAGUCGGAAAACCUGACGCAGUGAUCUAAAAUCACGCUUUAUCCAGAAAUGUGCGGAUAUUUUUCUACGAUUCAGCGUAAAUACCUACCCUGUAGUUAACUGUGGAUUGAAGUUUUUAAUGAUAAGACAAAUGACGUUAUAGAUAGUAUAAAUAAAUAAUAUACGGAUUAUCAUUCCAGAUGCAUGAAAGUUCAUGGGAGAACAAAAUAAAUGGUUUAUUUCACGCGACAAAAUAGUUUUCAGAUCUUUUGUUUCAAAGCUUGUGACAUUAGUUUCCGAGAAAGGCAACCUAACUAAGAUAUGAUCACGAAUCAGUAUUCAUUUGUCAAUAUGUCGUUGGAAUCUUUGUCACUAUAGUUUUAAGUUAGUGAAUAAAUAAUCUUACAGAUA